AUGCACAAAGAUGACAUUGAGAAACGAUUGACUUCCCUCCUGGAGGAGGGCUCCAAAGUUCCAGCGGAUGGAGAAUCCUCCACAAUUGCAGUUCCUGAUUAUUUCGAUGAUGAGAAAUUUCGAUUGGGUCAAGAAGUGUUCGAAAAGAACAUAUUCACCAUGAUGAUUGCAAAAUUAUCAGGAUUGUUGGUAUUGCUGGCCGUACCUUCUAUUCUUGAUAUUCUUCGGUUUACUAAGCAGAGUGGAACCCCAUGUGCUGCGUUUCGGCGAUACGCUGCAACGAUAUUGCAUACAUGCAUUUGGUAUAAGAGUAUACCAAAUCGAAAUAUCAAGUUCUUCGAAUCGGUGAGCAAUGUACGAAGGAAACACUGCAUCGCCUCUCGUCGUUGCUUUGAAGUCGGAAUUGGGAGGAUAUCCCAAAGAGAUAUGGCUCUGACUCAAUUCGGCUUCAUGGGAUUCAGUUUACUUUGUGCAGAACCUCUGGGAAUUGUCAUGAGUGAUAAAGAAGCUGAUGGACUUCUUCACUUCUGGAGAGUCAUUGGUCAUAUGUUAGGCACAGACGAAAGGUUCAAUCUCUGUAAUGGAAGCAUCGACGAUACAAAAGCUCUCUGCAGAAGACUAUUGGAAGCAGUAUUCAUGCCAAAUCUUGCCAAGAACACAAAGCACUUUAACGAAAUGAGCACAGCUCUGCUCAAGGGUUUAUGGCCCAUAAAUCCUUUUAUCGACGUUCAUGCUUAUAAAGUCAUGACAUAUCACUUGAUAUCAACUGCAGUAUCCUAUAAUAAUAAUUCACUCACGUUUUCUGAGGAACCCAUGCCCACUUACAGCAGACUUAUACUCAAUUUUCAGUUGUUCGUUCAUCAAUACCUUCUGCAGACUCGAUUCUGGUGGUCCGGAUUGUUCAGGGCGUUUUUCAAUAGUCAAAUGAGAAUGGGAAUUUAUUUAACAGAGAAAUUCCCAUUCUUAGCAUAUUGGAUAUUCGGAAGGAGACAGUCGUACUUUAAUAUUUAUAAAUUUCAUUUGGAGUAAUUACCGACUACUUUGUGUGAUUAUCAAAAAAUUUUAAUGUUAAAAUUUUCUCCUGAAUUCAAUAAUUAUUGAACUAAAGGCUCAUCUCCAUUACCUGCCGAACAUUAUCUAGAUUGCUUUUUUUGUUCGAUUUUUAUCUCGCAAUUUCAACUCGAUGCCCCGUCACUCAGAGACCCCCAAAAAUUAUGAAUUUAGAUUGAGAAAAAGGUAAAAAAAAACUGAAUAUUUUGAAAGAGCAUCUUUAAUUAAUAUUGAGAAAUCAGUUUAAUACAGGAGAUAUGAA